CCUCUUUGACACUCUUAUGCCUCGACCAUCACUAUGCUCUUCAUCUCCAGCUGUUCAGGAAUCCGAAAACUAGUUCCCCAUACUCAACCCCCUAGACCUCACAUCCGCACAAUUCGCCGUAUUCUCGUGUCCUUGCUCGGAUUAACAUUCUCGUCGCUUUUCCUAUUAUGGAUAACAGGAUUGAAAGUCCACAUAUAUCCAAAAGGCUUCUUAGAUGUAUUCCGGUAUGGAGACAAGGACAAGAUCAUCACUGGGAGUCCACCAGAUUGGAGUUGGCUCUACGCGCAUGAGGAUGGAUUACCGCAGCAUAAUCUGGAUUUGCCGUUUCCAGAGGGUAGGACAGGGAGGUAUGUCAGGUUCUCGAAUGAGAUCCGGCAGUUGGGAUGGAACAAUGUGUUUAAUGAGGUACUGAUGAACACCCACCUCGCACGCGCCUCUAAUCGCGCAUAUGUUUUUCAAGACUACCACUGGAAAGACUCCUACUACCCUUGGCCGAUCCCACCCAUCACUUUUUCUCCAAGCCGUAGACACCCUCGGACACCGUUAAGCGCGUUGAUUUCUGGUCCAUCCGCUGGGGGUCCUUGGGAACCUGACGAUCCUUCGCCUCGCUCUGUUUCUGUUCGGUAUUGGGAUAUUGUCUGCCCACAGAAAGAACGAAAGUAUAUUUAUACGAACGAGGUUAAACCGCUUAUACCGAAACCUACGAAAGACUCCCUGUCUCGCUCGCGGUACGGUUAUGCUGGUGGGCCCGUGGGGGAGAAUCAACGGCAGAACUGGGAGUCGCCUUGGGGAGAUGAAAUUUUCAAGUAUUGGAAGGACUUGCUUCUAAAUUCACCUGAGAGGUGUGUGGAAAUCCUUCCAGGUGGACUAAAGGAUGGAGAGGGGGAAGAUCCGUACCCGCAGACGUUCGAUGUACGGAUGUGGGCGACACAAAAAGUACUGCCGCUUUGGGAAUCGUUUUCUGUGUCGCCGGUUUCGAAGUUGUUGAAGGCUUCUCCUACCGUCAAAUCCGGUGUGGAUAGGAAUUUACAUCUGUUCCAGGUCAGGGGGUCUUCUUCGGAACCGAUGGUAGGGGAUUCAAAGAGAGUCGAUGAAGACCAAGACCCGUUAUCCUCCGUACUGGCUAUCCAUGUCAGACUUGGAGACUUCUCCGAUGCUUGUACCGACUUGUUGGCGGCGUAUAACUUGACUUUCUACUCGUGGAAUCUUCUUCCUUUCCUAUCACAAGAAGAUGUGUUUAUCCCGCCUCCCGGAGGUGUACCUUCCCCUUCUCCGAACGAGGAAUACGUGUACGGAAAAAACACGCCAGAAAAUGUGUCUGUGUAUCUUGACCGUUGUCAACCUUCGAUAGGGAGGACUGUGGAGAAGGUUCAUAGUGUUCGACAGUCCCUAGAAGCUGAUAACCUACUCCGGCUACACACGGUUUACAUCCUCACCAACUCGUCUCCUUCCCAGCUCCGGCUUUUGAGAAACGAGUUACAGAGAGAAGGCUGGGAAAACAUUGUAACUAGUCGUGAUUUGGUGUUGGACGAUUAUCAGAGGGAUGUUGGACCUGCCGUGGAUGCAGAGAUUGCCCGAAGGGCCCGCGGGUUUAUUGGAAAUGGAUGGUCCUCUAUGACUUCCAAUAUCGUUCACCAGCGUCUAGUUACUGGGCAUGAGCCGAAGAGUAUUAGGUUCUGGUGAUAUGCCCAGGUUGCUUUUAUAUUAGUAAGGACACUCCGCAACGUAGUAAUAAUUCGUGG